CAUGAGGAUGAUAUUUACUUCUCAGAUCUGUUGUAAUGCUAACUGGAGAAAAAAGAGCUGCAUUUCAUCUCAUCCCUUCGUCUGGAACGUAUUCCUAUGCCACCUCAUUUUGUCUAAGCUGCUAUUGGUAUUUUUAUGUCUGUGGUAGGUUAGUUACGUUUCUCGGCCUUAGAGAAGUGGCCUUCUGUAGGAGGCUCCUAUGCGCCCCAGCAGUGCCCUCCUCUCUUGUCACCCAAGCUGUAUGCUCUGGGGCUUCCCCCUAAGAGGGUUGCGUGGGUCCUUCUUUUGUGGCAGGCUGACUAUGUGGGCCGUCUGGUAGGCUUGGUUGGCCCCUAGUCUGGUGGGUUGCCAGGCCCUGCCUUGUACAGAUGCUGCUGGCUGCUGUGUAGUGGGGCCUGGUCACGAGGUAGCCGGGGGUGGAAUCCUUGGGGGCCCUGAGGCCAGUGCUGGCUCACUGGUGGGUGGAGUCAGGGUCCUGAAGAGUCUGGGGCUGUUGCCCACCCACGGGCAGGUGAAGCCAGGUGCUAGUGUUAGUGAUGGACUGCUGGCAGGCAGAGCCAGGUCCCGGAGUCCGGCUGCAGGGCCCAGGGAUCCCAGAACUGCUUUCAGAUCGUUGGGGAGUUGGGUAUGGCGGUUCCUGAUACAGUUGGGUGUGGGGUCCAGGGUGUCCAGGAGGCUGCGUUGGCCUGCUAGUGGGUAGGAUCAGGGCCCUGCUGGUCCCAGGGUAGGGUCUGGCCUGUGGGAUGGUGGUUUCCUCGCUUCUGGUGUCUGUCCCCUGGUGGGUGAAGCUGCCCUGGAGACUUAAGGCCGGUUUCCUGGAGGGAGGGGCCCGUGGCCGGCCGCUGGUGGGUGGAGCUGGGUCUUGGCCCUCAGGUGGGCAGGGCCGUGUCUAGAGGUGUGUCCAGAGGCAGCUGUGGGCUCUUUCGUCUUCAGGCAGCCUGUCUGCUGAUGGGCGGGGCUGUAUCCCCGCCCCCCCCACCCCCUCCGCCAGGUCUUAAUGAUCCAAGAUGUCGGCCGGCGGAAGCGUUCGUGCCGCUGACUGCUUUCUGCCGUCUGCGUCUGUGUCCCCAGGGUGAGCUGCAGCUGCCCCACCCCGCCUCUCCAGGAGACUCUCCCAGACCAGCAGGAGGACCAACUGCUGGAAAUUUUGCAGCUGAGUACAUGAAAGAAGUAGCUCACUUGUUGCAAAAUUACAAGAUGGAACCAAAAAUAAAGAUCCAGCUGCUCCAGAGUGUUGCAUCUUGGUGUUACUUAAACCCUGUCAGCCAGAGAAGAGCCAAACAUUUGCAGUUUAUUCCUAUUCUCGUUGAUCUUUUUGAUAACAGACUUGAGCCUACCAUGAAAAGUGACAUAAACAGCAACCUCCUGCUUAAAUUUUGGAGUUGCUAUGUUCUCUCUGUCAUGACAUGCAAUAACCUGUCUUGUAUGCAGGAGCUUAGAGACUACAGUUCUCUAAAAUAUCACUUGCAAAUGUUGGCCAGUGAGAAUUGGUCUGGAUGGCCCGAGAAUUUUGCAGAGGAGCUGUAUUUCCUCAUUGGUUUUCACAGGAAUUAAUUUCUCUAAAUCCAGUUACCUGAUGCAGCUGUCUGCACCGUUGUAUCACCCUGGAAAACUGAAAUAAAUAACAAUAUCCGAUCACAUCAUUCUUCAGCGUUUUCUUUUAGAUAGUUGAAAAAUUCUAUAUACAUUUUCAUAGUUACUGCAAUAACCAAACUUAUGAAAAGCGCCACUGUUAAAUAACCUCAUAAAAAUUAAGUUCAUAAAAUGAGAAUUCACUGGAAGAUGCAUUCCCUAUAUAACUGUUAGGAGCAAUGGUGUGUUUGGGGGGCUAUUAGAUGACAUUAAGCUAAGGCACCCAGAAAUGCCAAAUCCAAACCCAACUCACAGCCACACCCUACAGUGGACACUGUCGUCCCACCCAUAUGUAUCCUUUCAGCCCUAUUUCAGUGACGGCCUUCCGGUUGCCACAUCUUUGGCUGAGGUUGCGUUCUGGCUACCAGACCAUGAUCUUUCUGCACAUCAGGCUGACCAGUUUGGGGGAAUUUACACUGAAUAGGAGCAGUGCUUACCUCCACUGGCACAACUCUGGAUAGAGAUGAGUACCAUGUGUUCAGACACCUAAAGACAGCCUAAAGCUAGGCUCCUGGAUUUUUACUCUCCCUAUUUUGCCUGUUAAGAGAAUAUGUAAAAGAAAGCUUGCACCUGACUUUUGUACUGCCCAGCCUCAUCAAAAGCUUUGUUACAAAAAAUGUUUACGGAGAAGCGCUUACAGGAUGUGUACCUGUUUGUGUCUCUAACUACAUUAACAUUUGCCUCUAGCUUAAGUCGGAGCCAUCAUAGAUUGAACUGCGUACUUUUCCUAUUUCACAGACUUGCCUUGACUAAGCUUACUUUAGCGUUACGCUUCUACCUUUCACUGAGGGGCCUGUAAAAAAAAGUAGUGUAGGUCCGUGAUCCUUGCUUGUAUCUAUUACAGGAAUGUUGUGAGGGAUGUUAAUCACAUCACGUGGAUUCACGAGGCUCUCGGGAGCCAAUUUUCUCAAAACUUAAACCAGGAAAAGCUGUGUUCUACUGAGCAACUGUUAUCUUUUCAUCCUUUGUGGAUUUUGUGAAUUGUGUUAACUCAGAGUUUCUGAAACUGGAAUUCAGUUUAUAGUGGGAGAAUAAGGGUCGGAAAUCAUAAGUCCCCUUUAGAAACUGGGUCACGACCACAAAUUUCUUUUUUCAAGUGCUUUUUAAAUUGAAUUUGAAUUUCUCCUCAGAGUAAUUCAUGAACGUAGUUUGAAGAGUCAAAUAUUGCCAGGCCUCUGAUGAGAAACAGAGGUUCAGAUUUGGGCCUUGAGGCAUUUUUAUGCUAAGCUAUGAUUUUAAAAUCGCUCUCCAAAAUUUUAACAAAUGGUUGCUAUUUUCCUUUGCUGUCCCUUGUAAGCUCAUCUCUCUCCAACAUUUGGAUUUUCUUAGAAGCAAAUCCACAAUAAGAAUUUGAGCACAAGGGCUUUAUUUGCUAAUCUUCAUGUGGACAUACGCUUUCAUUUCUCUUAGGUAAAUACCUAGAACGGCCGGAUCAUACAGAAUGUGUAUGUUUAACUUUUAAGAAAUUACCGAACAGUUCGAUAGCAUCUGUGGCACUUAACAUUGCCACCAGCACUGCCGGAGAGUCCCAGUUGCUUCAUGUCCUUAACACUCGGUAUGGUCAAGUUUUGUUUUUCAAACUUCAGCCAUUCUGAUGGGCACAUAACAGUAUCUCACUGUAGGUUUAAUUUGCACUUCCCUAAGGACUGUGUUGCCAUCUUUUCACGUACUUAUUUGCUAUCUGUACAUAUGCUUUGCAAGUGUCCAAAUAUUUCCUCUAUUUAAAAAAUAAGGUUGUCUACUUAAUGAGUAGUAAGUUCUUUAUAGAUAGAAAUCCUUUGUUGGGUAUAUUUUGCAAGUAUUUUCUCCCAGUCUGUGGCUUGUCUUUCCAUUCUCUUAAAAGUCUUUCAAAAAGAAGUUUUUGAUUUUUAUUUAUGCAGUCUGAUUUAUGGUAUAAUUCGUGAUUUUUGUGUGCUUUUUGAGAAACCUUUACCAAAUCCAAGAUCACUAAAAUCUUCUCCAAUAUUUUCUUCUAGAAGAUUAAUCAUUUUGGCUCUGACAUUAAAUUUUAAAACCCUCUUCAAUUCCUUCCUCUUUUGCUCCCUGCCACCAAAUGCUGGCAAUGCAUUUUUGACAUUUUCCAGAAAUACUUUUUAUUUGCCAAGUCAUUCUAUUCUACUUAGCUCUCCUCUUUCUUUGGGCUAAUGGCCCAAAUCUAAAACAUAAACAGCUGUACUAUUACAGUAACCACUGACCUCACAUGGCUCUUUAAAUAUAAAUUAAAAUUUUUUAAAUUAAAAUGUUAGUUCCUCAUUCAUACUAGCCACAUUUUGUGCUCAAAAGCCAUAUAUGGCUACCUGGUUAUUAUACUGGACAACUCAGUUCCAGCAUCCCAGAAAACUAUUGGACAGCGUUGCUAUAGAUUAAUAAUGUUUAUUUAAGCAUUUAGAUCAGACACUCUAGUAAAGGUUUUAAUUCUCACAAAAACAGAGGUGGACUUAAUAUCAGAGAUAAGAAAAUUAAAGUUCUAUAAGAAUAACUUGCCUAAAGUAAUCCUUGAAAGCUUGACAUUGCUC